ACUCUAGCGAUGGCCCAAACACUCGGGAAAAAAAUGCAGCAUGAGGAUGGGGAGCCAGGUUGAUAGGUUUUUCACUUAGUAACUACUUAUUGAGUACUCAGAACGCACUCGGUGCCAGGGUCAGGCACUGUGGAUGAGUAGGUAGUGGGCGAGACAGGGACGAGAUGAGCAGGGUCAAGGCCAGGGGGUCCCGGGGAGCCGGCGCUCAGGCUCGGGGUGAUCCGCGCGGUGGGAGCGGGGCACGGUGAUCGCGGCGCGUCUGGGGACGCCCGGCCUGAGGGAGGCUGCCUGUCCCAAGGAGACGCCCUUCGGAGACAGACCCAAAAGCCUCGGAGAAGACUCCCAGCGGAGAGGGGCUCCUCGGCCGUCGCAGGGCCCAGCCGCUAAUCCCGCCGGCCGCAAACAAGCGGAGAACUCACCGGACACCAGCACUCGCGACUCCACAAACUCCGUCAGCCUCCGGGCCGGAAGUCAGCGGCGCGAUUCGCUCCGCCCACUACGCCCGCCCCUGCGCAGGCCCGCAAGCCGAGUUGCCGGACUGCAGCUCCCGGGAUGCACUGCGACGGUAUUGACAGACGCAGCAACCAAUAGUCGGUAGAGAAUGCCCUUGGCAGGAGGCGGGCCCUCUCAGUAGUUGUCCUCAGCAGCCAGUGGGCGUCUCCGCAGCGAGUGGCAUCGACCCCGCCCCCAGCCCGUGCUCGCCGGUAUCGGGUCCCAAGUCCCGCGGUCUUGGGUUCCCAGAGAGAGUCCUUUUAGGACGUUAUGACUUUUCUCCUUUGCAAGACUGCAAAAAACUGACAAGAAGACAAAACUCUUCCCUCUCCCAGGGACCGCGUUGUCUUGAGUUUGGCUAGUAAAGGCUAGCAAGUGAGGCCUUGUCUCUGCAUCCCGUUCCCCCUAACAUCUUCAGAGAACCUUCGUUUCUAGAAUCUUUCUAGUAUUCAGAGACUUCUCCAGGGUCAUGAUCCCAAAGGCUUAACCCGUUUACAAGAAGAGAGUUGUCUCCUGACGCCCAAAAUGGCAGCUAAAAUGGAGAUAACUUUAAGCUCCAACACUGAAGCUUCCUCCAAGCAAGAGAGACACAUAAUAGCCAAACUAGAAGAGAAACGGGGGCCUACUCUGCAAAAAAACUGCCCAGAUCCUGAGCUCUGCCGCCAGAGCUUCAGACGCUUUUGUUAUCAAGAGGUGUCUGGACCCCAAGAGGCGCUCUCCCAGCUCCGACAGCUCUGCCGUCAGUGGCUGCAACCCGAGCUGCACACCAAGGAGCAGAUUUUGGAGCUUCUGGUGAUGGAGCAGUUCCUGACCAUUCUGCCCCCGGAGAUCCAGGCUCGGGUCAGGCAUCGAUGUCCAAUGAGCAGCAAGGAGAUUGUGACCCUCGUGGAAGAUUUUCACAGAGCAUCCAAGAAACCAAAGCAGUGGGUGGCUGUUUGUAUGCAGGGGCAAAAGGUGCUCUUGGAGAAAACUGGCUCUCAGCUUGGAGAACAGGAACUGCCAGACUUUCAACCGCAGACUCCUAGGAGAGAUCUCAGGGAGAGCUCUCCAGCAGAGCCUUCCCAGGCAGGAGCUUAUGACCGGCUGAGCCCCCAUCAUUGGGAGAAAUCCCCACUCCUCCAAGAACCAACCCCCAAAUUGGCUGGGACAGAGGCCCCCAGAAUGAGAAGUGACAACAAGGAAAAUCCACAACAGGAAGGGGCUAAAGGAGCAAAGCCAUGUGCAGUGUCAGCUGGCAGAUCCAAAGGGAAUGGUCUGCAGAAUCCUGAACCGAGAGGGGCAAAUAUGAGUGAACCUCGGUUGUCACGGAGGCAGGUCAGCCCCCCAAAUGCUCAAAAGCCAUUUGCCCACUACCAGAGACAUUGCAGGGUGGAAUACAUCAGCAGCCCCCUAAAAAGCCACCCACUGAGAGAGCUGAAGAAAAGCAAAGGAGGUAAACGGAGUCUGAGCAACCGUUUGCAACAUCUUGGUCACCAGCCCACCCGCUCAGCAAAGAAACCCUACAAAUGUGAUGACUGUGGGAAAAGCUUCACGUGGAAUUCAGAGCUGAAGAGACACAAGAGAGUCCACACAGGAGAGAGACCCUACACGUGCGGAGAGUGUGGAAACUGCUUUGGGCGGCAGUCAACCCUGAAGCUGCACCAGAGGAUCCACACUGGAGAGAAGCCAUACCAGUGUGGCCAGUGUGGGAAAAGCUUUCGCCAGAGCUCAAACCUUCACCAGCAUCACAGGCUUCACCAUGGGGACUAAAAGGAGCACUCCAUGCUUUAGAUUCACAAGGAAGGUGUUUGUGUUUCUCCUCCCCCUUACUUGCAUGUAAAUCACAAAGACUGUGUGACUUACAAGGAAAGCAAGAGGCCCUUGAGGAAUGAUGAUGCACAUUCUGCUGUGAGGAGGCCCAGAAAAGGCCAACCAGGGCCCGACCAUGCAUGAUGACAGGGUGAAGAGGUGGCAGGUCUGGGCACUGGGGCAAAGAGAACUUAAGUCUCUGCAGAGAGCGAGGAGUAACUACUGAGAGAGAAUCAGGACAGUCCUGCAGGUGGCCCGCUUAUUGUUAAAUCGUCCCUCUGUUGCUUUAUCCUCUAAAAUAUGUUAAGGGAUAAAUUCUAUAUAUAUAGUUAUGCAUUUGCUGUCAUACCAAUUUUUUAUCAUGCACACACCUCUUUAAUAAAGAUGAGUGAUCUACCAGAA